GUUAAGAGUGCCGCUCCUUUUACCAGGACAGUCCUAAACAUUACUCUUCUUGGUGAUGAGUGGGCAUCAUCCGCUGGGGGACUCUCAACGUUCAACAGAGAGCUCGCGAUUCAUCUGUCUUAUAAUCCAGCAGUGAAAGUUUCUUUGUUAGUACCUGAGGGAGCUUGCACGUUGCAGGAAAAGCAAGAAGCUGAUAGCUAUAAGAUCAGUGUUGUUGAGGCGAGGGCACAUGCCGCAUUUGAUCGUCUUGACUGGUUGAGCUUUCCACCCAAGGACCAUGUCAUGGACGUCGUUGUUGGUCAUGGCGUAAAACUUGGCCGGCAAGGACAAGUCAUGAGAAACUUUGCUCAAUUUCCAAAUUUUAAGUGGGUUCAAGUGGUGCAUACCGCUCCAGAGGACCUUAGCAAAUACAAACGCUACGCAGAUCCCAUUUCGAGAGGUGAAACAAAACAUCAGGCAGAAGUCGAACUUUGCAAACUUGCUGAUCUUGUUGUACCUGUGGGACCCAGACUGAAAGAAGCAUACUCUUCAUAUUUAAAGCGAUUUAAGGCCGAUCAAAAGGUCUUUCCAAUUACUCCUGGUCUUUUUCACCGGGAGUUCGGGGAUCUAACGCAAUCUUUUCAUGGUCAUGCCGAAUUCAAAGUGUUGUUAUUUGGUCGUGGUGACGAUGAGGACUUUGAACUAAAGGGAUACAACAUUGCUGCCCAAGCAUUUACUGAUCAACGGCUAAAAAACAAACCUUAUCAUCUAAUCUUUGUUGGAGCACCUGAAGGAAAACAAGAAGAGGUUAGACAGAAGCUUAUUCAGCGUGGCAUUGCAGAAGCACAGCUGACUGUUAGGAAAUUUAUACGAUGUAGAGACAGAAUGAAGGAUUUGCUCUGUGAAGCCGACCUUGCCAUCAUGCCGUCAAAAUCAGAAGGAUUUGGCCUUGUUGCCCUCGAGGCCUUGUCAGCAGGCCUACCUAUUCUUGUUGGAAGCAGGUCAGGGUUUGCCAAAGCAUUAGAAAAUGUUCCUUAUGGUAAUACGUGCAUCGUGUAUUCAGAUGAUCCUGUAAAGUGGGCAGAAGCGAUUGAAGCUGUUCGUAUCAGGCAUGCAAUGCGGCUUCAAGAGAUGAAAGUAUUGAGAGCAUCUUAUAGAGGAGUAUUCAGUUGGAGCGAACAAUGUAAUGCCCUUGUUGAGAGAAUGUGGAAAAUGGUCCACGGUUAA